AGAUUUGCUGCCAUUUUGCAGCCCAUGUGCAGCUUCAUGCUGUUGUCAGUUUGCUGCUACUGUGCAAUCAUGUUGCAGCUCUCACGUCUUUCAAUUUGCUCCCACUGCUGCAGCUUUGACACCACAACUCUAACAAUUCAGAUGAUAAUUCUAGCCUUGAUGGACGAUUGUCUAGACAAAAGACAAAAUCUGUCAAGGGACACCAUCGAAGUCGAAGACAUGACAGUGAUGAUUCUAUUUCUUCUAGUGAUGAUGACGAUACAAUAAAGAUUCCUUCCAACAAAGAUGUUGACAAGGACAAAAUGCUCGUAGGAGGCAUGACUCAGACAAUGACUCUAGCCAUGAUGAAGGCCUGUCUACACAUAAAACUCAGAAGGGAAGUCAUCAUGAGAGAACAAGGCGACAUCAUGAUUUUGAGGGGAGAACAGGAUGACAUUGAUGAUCAAUCUGAUAGAGCAAGCAAUCACAAAGUCAUAGCAAGGAGAGGUCAUAGUACCAAUGAUAGUGAUUCUGACAAAGGAACUGAUAGGAAGGAAAAAAUGGUUAGGGGAAGAGGUAAGAGACAUGAUACUGAUGAUGAAGAUUCUGAUUCCACUUGUGUCCAGAAAAAUGGCAAGGGAGUGAUUCGUGAGCAAAAGGCAGUUAAAAGGGAUUCUGUUUCUCCAAUUGUUGAUAGAGAUCACACUAGUUACAGUGAUGAUUCUCUUGGAAAGAGUAGUGAUAGUGAUUCAGGUGGUGAUAUUAGUCAUAAAAAACAUAAGACAGCUGGAAAAACCAUUGCCAUUGAUAAUGAAAAAGGCAAGUGGGGUGCAACUAGACGUGAUGAUAGAAAUGAAAGAAGUCUGAAUGAUUAUGAUAGAUUGGAGAGAUUGUGGAAAUCAGAGGGCAAUCAUGAGGUGAUGAGGGGCAAGAGGAAGUUGGAUGAUGGAUAUGUUGAUGGGCAGCCAGAAUCAAAAUCAAGGAGCUGGAAUAUCGGAAAAGAUGUGGAAGAGUACAAGAGGGAUAAACCAGAGGAUACUAAAUUUGACUCUGAAUCAUCGAGAGCUAAUAGAGAAAGAGAUAAUUGCAGAAGGGAUGAUUUCUCUAGGUCAAUUAAAUCUAGAGUGGAGUUUAAUGGUGACAGUGGGCGAAAGGAAGGCAGAAUACAUAAUAAGAAUAGUGAAACACAAAGUGAAAAUAGGUGGAGGGAUAGAGAUUAUGGAGACCAUAGAGGCAAUGAUAUGGAAAAGAUGAUGAUGAGCAGCGGUAUGGAAGCCGAAGAGAAAGAAGAGGUGAUGAUGAGGAGCACAGAAGUAAAGGUCAUGAGAGGGACAGACAAUCAGAUUAUUCCAAGAGAGCUAAAUGUGAUGAUGAAGUUGACCAUGAAGAUAGACGACAUCGAAAAGAUGAUGAGCAGCUGCAGUAUGGAAGCCAAAGAGAAAAAAGAGGUGAGGAAGAAGAGCCUAGAAGUAAAGGUCAUGAGAGGAACAGACAAUCAGAUUAUUCCAAGAGAACUAGACUUGAUGACUUUGAAUCAAGUGAGAAAAAAUCCCGUGGAUAUGACAGAAGUGAUGAUGGCAAGUCCAAUUGUUUCCAUUGCGUUUGUUCACGCUCCUAAAUAUUCUGGCUAUGGUGGUGUUCACGCUCCUCAGUUCAUCGACUUUGACACUCCUAAGUUCAGCAGUGUUUAUCAGCGUCAGACCAUUCAGACAGUCAAUGUUGCUACUCAUUCCACCGAUGCUCGUGGCUUCGUCAGUCCUUCAGAGCACCUUAAAUAGCUUAUUGUUUCCUUUUCAUAAAGCAAACUAAUUAGCUUAUUGCUGUGUGUGCUAUCUUAUUUACUAAUUAAGAUUAUACAUAUCAUAUAGGAAUUUUUGGAAACUUGCUUGUUAUAAGGCUGAUUUUUUAUUCUUUUAGGUCUGUUUUUCCUGUACGUAGUUUGACCUUGGUUUCAUGAAAGGAGCAAUUUCUUAGCAUAUGUAUUGUUGUAGCUAUUAGCAAAGCAUUUAUUAUUAUUUAAAAAAUGUUAUAAAUAUAUCAAUCAUUA